CAAGAAAAAAAAAAUUAUUUUCCUCUCUGUCUCUCUCUUGUUCAACCGUCGAUGUUCGUCGGAAAAUAUCAUCGGCUUCAAUUUCGUUAGAUUUGCCCUAAAUUUUCGACUACUGUUCGCCAAUCCCAGGCUCUCACGCUUCGCAACUUUCUCAGGGUUCAUUGCUCUGAUUUGUGGGAAUUUGAAAGCAAAAGGAAAAGUUGCAACUUGUUCAUAAGCAUGAAUGCUUAAACCAAUAGCAGCGCAUUAUUGUGCAAUGCAAGCCGAGAAGGAGGUUUUGUUGAACACUGAAGGUCCCAUAGACGAGGGCCGGAUAACAAACCAGAACAGCAAUCCGAAUAUAGCCUCUUCAGCUUCUAUCAGUGUUGCUCAGUUUCCUGCUAAGAAGCCGACUAGGCAAUGGGCUGCUUGGACACAUCAAGAAGAGGAAAGUUUCUUCACUGCGCUUCGUCAAGUUGGAAAGAAUUUUGAGAAGAUUACUUCUCGUGUCCAGAGCAAAAACAAGGACCAGGUUAGACAUUACUAUUAUCGUCUAGUCAGGCGUAUGAACAAACUUUUGGGUCCGGAACUGAGUCUUGAUGCCAAGAACCCUAAGGACACAAAUGCUGCAAUGCUGCGAUGGUGGUCUUUACUGGAAAAGUAUAGCUGCAAAGCUUCAAAACUUCACCUCAAACCCCGGAGAUUCAAGCUAUUCAUAGAGGCCUUGGAACACCAAUUGCUGAAAGACCGUAGAAAGAGCAUAAGAAAACGGGGUUGCCAGGGAGAAACUUUCUCUUCCUCUUCCCUUGGAAACAUCUCAAGUAAUAGCAGGGAUAGAGGAUUGGAUAACCGUCCUUUCAAACUGAUUAUUUGCGACGGCCAAAAUGUUAAAAAGCUAGGGCCGGGAAGAACAUUUACCAAACAUGGCGAAAGCUUAGGAGUUAGCCUUGGUGAUGAAAAAGAAGAUACAGCCUUUGGGAGAGGUGGAAGGCAACGGCGAAAACAAGCAGGUUAUAGAAAAUGGGAAAAGGCUGCAAUAGAUGGGGUCUCUUUGGUUGCUGAUGCUGCAGAGCACUUAGAACGAACAUCGAUCGACAAAGAUAUGGAUGGUCAAAAAGAGUUAGGUCCCACAAGUAAUUUAACCGGAAAGUCUCCACUUUCUCUAUGCUCAUCUGGUGACGUUCCUCUCAGUGAUGCCAAUAUGCAGUUUUCUGGCAAGUUGAAACUUCAGUUGUUCCCAAUUGAUGAAUGUACUCGAAGAUCCUUGGAAAUGGACAAGCACAAUCCGCAUCUGGAACUUACUCUUAGUAAUCGCAAGAAGAUAUCUUCUGUGCUGGAACAUCUCAAUCGCAAAUGGGGAAGUUCAAGUUGUGCGUCUGGAGAGCUAAUGCUGUUCCCUUACAAUGCAAGGAAAGAAACUGUAACUUGUCAUCAGAGGUGGACCCAUGACUCUUUUCUAAGCGCAGCAGAAGUGCAUUCUAUGGUUGGAAGUCCCUCAAUUUUCCGUUUAAGGUAUGGCUGGUUCGUCCAUGAUGCAUCAGGUUCUAUUAUAUCUCAAGUUCCAACUUCAGCUUCUUGUCCUUCACUCGGGGAUGAUAUGAAUAUGGAUGAGGCGAAUGAGGUGAACGAGUUUAACAUGCUACUUACUGAAUCAGGACCCUUAUCAGUGCAUUCAACUGCUGAACAAGCGCCAUCUGUAGUAUGUGCCUCUGGUGAAAUCCAUGAUCGUCCUGCAGAAUCUGGAGAUAAUUAUGAACCUGCUUUAGCGACUGUUACUCCAUUUGAGCAUAUGAGCAGCGGCAAUGCACUAUCAGCAGGAGAAUGGGCUGAUAGUCUUACUAACAUAAGUAUAGGUGAUUUACUCUCUGAAGUGCCCAAUGACAUAGAUAGCGAUGAUGUGGAUCCACCCGUCACUGAGGGUUCACAUUGCCUCCUUCGAGAUGUCUCAUUUGCCUCUGACUCUUUUGAUGCUGCAAUUGCUGCUCAUAUACUAAGACACCAGAAUAAGCCUAGUGCUCUACUACCAGUGACUUCUGGCUCUUCCUCUCUAUGGGAUGAUGAAGAAACACGCGAUGCUUUCUCUUUCCAGAAGAAUCGUCUCGCAGCUUCCCCCAAGUUGGCUAAUGUUGCUUCUCCUGGAGGUGUAGGCAGAGUAAAUGAUGAACCUUCUCAUAUAGUGAAGGCUAUAUCUAGCGAAGAGGGGCCUUGUAACCCUCCUGACCAUGAAGAUCCAAUGGAAGAGGGUCCAACAGACCCUCAUACGAUGGAUUCUCCAGGGAAGAUCCACUGUGGGCUUGCGGAUGUAUAUUGGCCGGACUCGUUAGGACCACUGGAUCUAGACAUUAGAUCUUCAAAGUAUACGGAAGACUUGAUCCUCAGUGAGAGCCUCGGGGGUUUGAGCCGUCUGAUAGCGACCAGCCUUGAUGCGUUUCAAAACUGCUCGCUUUUUGGGUUUGACAGCAAGAAGGAUAAGUCUAACAUGGUCUGAAAUGGAACCAAAGCAAAAGCAUGGGGUCAAAAUGUUGAUAGUUGAAAAAGAAAGUGACUCUUGGCUUUAAAAGAAACUUUUUACUAUAACUGAUAGCUUCACUGUACACAAAUCU